ACUCGAUCAUACCACGGACCAGAGCAUGCCCCAGAUAGGUCAGAGUGUACAAAUUACUCGCCGAUAUAGAUAGUAAGAACAUAGCUAGGGCCAGAUUUGUACGAGAGCGCGGUGGUGGAGGAGUACAGCCCCCAUCUUUGCUUUCUUCGUGUUUCUUGUCUUUUCAAAGUCAUUGCAUAGUAAGCGGGAAUGAUGAAUUUCACGGCUUCGGUAUGUAGAAGGUUAAGUAUCAGGGAUCUGAUGGCGAGUACGGCUGUCUACAAUUCUGCCAGUGAUGUAUCCGGGGAAGGAUUGAGCUUAAUUUUCAGGCGCUGGGCUACCAAGAAAACAGCAGGUUCCACAAAAAAUGGCCGGGACUCACUACCAAAGAACCUUGGGGUUAAAAAAUUCGGUGGAGAGAGAGUGAUACCUGGAAACAUCAUUGUUCGUCAAAGGGGAACCCGUUUCCACCCAGGAAAUUAUGUUGGAAUGGGGAAAGAUCACACUCUUUAUGCUUUAAAGGAAGGCUGUGUCAAGUUUGAGCGCCACAAGUUGACUGGCCGCAAGUGGGUUCAUGUUGAGCCAAAGGAAGGUUAUGAAAUCCACCCUGUCUACACCAGCUCCGCUGCAGCUCCUAAGGUGCAGACAGCAGCUUGAGUUUGUUUUAUAUAGAUGUAAGCUUACUCCUAAUGGCAAUUUUUUGUUUUGUCCCUGACGCUAGCAACUAAAUUGUGAGGCAGAUUUAUAUGCGGAAAAAUAAACAUAUCAUUUUUCCUUUUGGUUUA